UCCAAAACGAGGAGCAGCUGAGUUGAUCUGGCUUUCACUGCUCAGAGUUUAGAAAUCAGGGUCUGAGGCUGUUUAGUUCUAGCAUUAGUUUCUGUUGGCUAUUUGGCUGCUGAAAAAAAGCUUAACAAUGAGCGUGAUGGACUGUUCAAGGCUGCUUGUGCUUUUCUUUUGGCUGCUGGUUGGUGAUGUAAAUUGUGAGAAUACCCAGAAAGGACAGGCCCCUAUGGGAGUCUACAUUGACAACAGGGAAUAUAAAAGAUGGAGUGAACCACCUAUUUACAGAAUCCUUAAAGCUCGUUACAAUACAUCAAGUGGAAACCUUUACCCUGCUCAAGAAGAUCACACCACUGACUCAACAUCAUCCCAAGUUCAAAGCCAUUAUUCUUAUCCUGUUAUCGCAGAAAGACCGAAAAGCAAUGUUCCGAAAAGCCAAGUCAGCCAUUUAAAAUCUGGCUUCAACUCACCCUCAAUUACUCAACAACAAAGUAAUGUGGUGUACCAUCGCUCUCGAAACAAAGUAUUUCCUGAUGACAAGAAGAUUCAGCAGGCAAACUCUGAUGCUGUAUUCUCCGCAGGUGUAGUUCUGGUUCCACCCCAUAUCUAUCGUGCCAGAGCUGAAGCAGUAGGAGGUUUUAAACCUGAACAGGUAGCCAAAAGACCAGUAGGUUUUGGACCCAGCAACAGAAGGCUCCCCAUCUACUCUCACAGCAGUAAAGUGAGUCCAAAUGUUCAAGACAUCAAGUCUGAGUCUGAAAAGAUUAAUGUAAACCCCUCCACAACCAACAUGCAUCACCAGGAGCUGCAUCUCAUGACAAGGCCUCAGGUGGGUGGACAUUAUUCUGCUGUUUUCCCCAAAACCUUAAAUCAUGGCAGAGCAAACUUGCAAAAUGUUUUCAGAGCUAUCAACAAGAAGACUGACUCCAUUGUGAAGGGGCAUUCUCCUGGCAGUGAUUCAGCAGGAAAAGCUCCGACAUGGAGUCCCAGGGUCCAUAACAGUGAUGUGAUGUCUGAAGCCAAAGGAUACACCCAUGUCCGCCGCCUCAAACCUGGUUUUGACAAAACACGGCCCCAAGCUAGUUCUACUGCAGGUAGAAAGUUCUUGGAAACUGGUUUUCCACCUGUAAAACAGAAUCAAGACAGCAGAAGCCGGCUCGGCCCUCCACCGACAGCACAUUCAAUUCCUGUCCAAGGCAAAUUCAAACCUUUCCAGAGACUUCCUUCAUAUUUGAUCCCUGCAGACACUCAUUCAUCAGACAGUGAAAAAGCUCUUAGUGAGACAUUUGCAGGGACAACCCUUUCCCCAAGUUUGAACUCCACAAGUCGCCCUUCGUCUAAUUCAGUCACUGGAGAAUCAGCUUCACCCAUGCAGGCGGAGGGCCGGGAUGCAGAGCUUGUACCUCAAAAAUCCAACCAUGAAGGCCAGUCUGAAAGUUCAGCAGAAGAUGGAUCUUCUUUGGAACAAAGCACAACAAUUAUAACCUCUACUGACCAGCCAGAUGCUGGUCAGUAGAUGUCAACAUUGGUGGCAACACCAGUGAGAGGAUUUUAAACCUACUGGAUGCUCUGCUGCCUGUCCAAGAAUGGUCUGAUUUUGAAUAAAUAACAUUUAAAACUU